AUGUCUAACGACGAUUACUACGAAGAAGACCCGUAUGGGUUUGAAGAUGAAUCAGCCCCAAUCACAGCUGAGGAUUCAUGGGCUGUCAUUUCAUCCUUUUUCCGUGAGAAAGGUUUAGUAUCUCAACAAUUAGAUUCAUUUAAUCAAUUUGUGGAUUAUACAUUGCAAGAUAUUAUUUUCGAAGAUUCUACUCUUAUUUUGGAACAAAUAGCUCAGCAUACUACAGAACAAGACAACAUCAGUAGAAAGUACGAGAUUAGUUUUGGUAAGAUCUAUGUCACCAAACCUAUGGUUAACGAAUCCGAUGGUGUUACUCAUGCAUUAUACCCACAAGAAGCUCGUUUACGUAACUUGACAUACUCAUCUGGUUUAUUUGUUGAUGUCAAGAAAAGAACUUACGAGGCUGUUGAUGUUCCAGGGAGAGAACUAAAAUAUGAAUUAAUUGCUGAAGAAUCGGAGGAUGAUAGUGAGAGCGGUAAAGUCUUUAUUGGUCGUUUACCUAUUAUGCUAAGAUCCAAGAACUGUUAUUUGAGUGAUGCAACUGAGUCUGACCUUUACAAGUUAAAGGAAUGUCCGUUUGAUAUGGGUGGUUAUUUCAUUAUUAACGGUUCUGAGAAGGUCCUUAUUGCGCAAGAACGUUCUGCAGGUAACAUAGUUCAAGUAUUUAAGAAGGCUGCCCCAUCUCCUAUUUCUCAUGUUGCUGAAAUUAGAUCUGCUUUAGAAAAAGGUUCAAGAUUCAUCAGUACUCUGCAAGUUAAGCUUUAUGGUCGUGAAGGUAGUACAUCUCGUACUAUUAAAGCUACUCUACCUUAUAUAAAACAGGAUAUCCCAAUUGUUAUUAUUUUCAGGGCUUUGGGUAUUAUUCCAGAUGGUGAAAUUCUAGAACAUAUUUGUUAUGAUGUUAAUGAUUGGCAAAUGUUGGAGAUGUUAAAACCGUGUGUAGAAGAUGGUUUCGUUAUUCAAGAUCGUGAAACAGCUUUAGAUUUUAUUGGUCGUCGUGGUACUGCAUUAGGUAUUAAAAAAGAGAAGAGAAUUCAAUAUGCUAAGGAUAUCUUGCAAAAGGAAUUCUUACCUCAUAUUACACAAUUAGAAGGUUUCGAAAGUAGAAAAGCAUUUUUCUUGGGUUAUAUGAUCAAUAGACUGUUGUUAUGUGCUCUAGAUCGUAGAGAUCAAGAUGAUCGUGAUCAUUUCGGUAAGAAGAGAUUAGAUCUAGCAGGUCCAUUAUUAGGUCAACUAUUCAAGACCUUGUUCAGAAAAUUAACUAAGGAUAUCUUCCGUUACAUGCAAAGAACUGUCGAAGAAGCCAAUGAUUUCAACAUGAAACUUGCUAUUAAUGCCAAGACUAUUACAUCUGGUUUGAAGUAUGCCCUUGCUACUGGUAACUGGGGUGAACAAAAGAAGGCUAUGUCUUCUAGAGCGGGUGUCUCUCAAGUUCUAAACCGUUACACUUAUUCCUCUACUUUAUCACAUUUAAGAAGAACUAACACGCCGAUUGGUCGUGAUGGUAAAUUAGCUAAGCCUCGUCAAUUGCACAACACACAUUGGGGUCUUGUUUGUCCCGCUGAAACACCUGAAGGUCAAGCAUGUGGUUUAGUUAAGAACUUAUCAUUAAUGUCUUGUAUUUCUGUUGGUACCGACCCAAUGCCUAUCAUUACAUUCUUAAGUGAAUGGGGUAUGGAGCCACUGGAAGAUUAUGUUCCUCAUCAAUCUCCAGAUGCCACUAGGGUUUUUGUCAACGGUGUGUGGCACGGUGUUCAUAGAAACCCAGCUAGAUUGAUGGAAACUCUAAGAACAUUGAGAAGAAAGGGUGACAUUAACCCUGAAGUUUCUAUGGUGAGGGAUAUUCGUGAAAAGGAAUUAAAAAUCUUCACUGAUGCUGGUAGAGUUUACAGACCUUUGUUUAUUGUUGAGGAUGAUAAAGAAUUAGGACACAAGGAAUUGAAAGUGAGAAAGGGACACAUUAACAAAUUAAUGGCCACCGAGUACCAAGAUAUUGAAGGUGGUCUAGAUGAAUCAGAUGAGUAUACCUGGUCAUCCUUACUGAGUGAAGGUUUAGUAGAAUAUAUCGAUGCAGAGGAAGAAGAAACUAUUCUUAUUGCAAUGCAACCUGAAGAUCUUGAACCGGCUAACGAAGAAGCAAAUGCUGCUAUCAACGAGAUGGAUCCUGCCAGACGUAUCAAGGCUGUCCAACAUGCCACUACGUUUACACAUUGUGAGAUUCACCCAUCUAUGAUUCUUGGUGUUGCUGCUUCAAUUAUUCCGUUCCCUGAUCACAACCAAUCUCCACGUAAUACAUAUCAAUCUGCUAUGGGUAAGCAAGCUAUGGGUGUUUUCUUAACUAAUUACAACGUACGUAUGGAUACCAUGGCAAACAUUCUAUACUAUCCACAAAAGCCACUAGGUACUACUCGUUCGAUGGAAUAUUUGAAGUUUAGAGAACUACCUGCUGGUCAAAAUGCCAUCGUUGCCAUUGCAUGUUACUCUGGGUACAACCAAGAAGAUUCUAUGAUUAUGAACCAAUCUUCUAUUGAUAGAGGUCUUUUCAGAUCUCUAUUCUUCAGAUCAUACAUGGACCAAGAGAAGAAGUAUGGUAUGUCCAUCACAGAAACAUUUGAAAAACCACAACGAACAAACACAUUGAGAAUGAAGCAUGGAACAUAUGAUAAACUUGAUGACGAUGGUUUAAUUGCACCUGGUGUUAGAGUUUCCGGUGAAGAUGUUAUUAUCGGUAAAACGACACCAAUUUCCCCUGAUGAAGAAGAAUUGGGUCAAAGAACUGCUUACCAUUCUAAACGUGAUGCUUCUACCCCAUUAAGAAGUACAGAAAACGGUAUCAUUGACCAAGUACUUGUUACGACUAACCAAGAUGGUCUAAAGUUUGUAAAGGUUCGUGUUAGAACGACGAAGGUUCCUCAAAUUGGUGAUAAAUUUGCCUCUCGUCACGGUCAAAAGGGUACUAUUGGUAUUACUUACCGUAGGGAAGAUAUGCCAUUCACAGCCGAAGGGGUGGUUCCUGAUCUUAUUAUUAAUCCCCAUGCUAUUCCAUCUCGUAUGACAGUGGCGCAUUUAAUUGAGUGUCUAUUAAGUAAAGUUGCUGCACUAUCUGGUAAUGAAGGUGAUGCUUCUCCAUUCACCGAUAUCACAGUUGAAGGUAUCUCUACCUUAUUAAGGGAGCAUGGAUAUCAUUCUCGUGGUUUCGAAGUUAUGUAUAACGGUCAUACAGGUAAGAAGUUAAUGGCUCAAAUUUUCUUUGGUCCAACAUAUUACCAACGUUUAAGACAUAUGGUGGAUGAUAAAAUCCAUGCAAGAGCCCGUGGUCCAAUGCAAGUUCUAACCAGACAGCCUGUGGAAGGUAGAUCAAGAGAUGGUGGUUUAAGAUUUGGUGAGAUGGAACGUGAUUGUAUGAUUGCUCACGGUGCUGCUGCCUUCUUGAAAGAAAGAUUAAUGGAAGCCUCAGAUGCUUUCAGAGUACAUAUUUGUGGUAAUUGUGGUUUGAUGUCCGUUAUUGCAAAAUUAAGUCACAAUCAAUUCGAAUGUAAGGGUUGUGAAAAUAAAAUCGAUAUUUACCAAAUUCAAAUUCCUUACGCUGCUAAGCUAUUGUUCCAAGAAUUAAUGGCAAUGAAUAUUACUCCACGUUUAUACACCGACCGUUCAAGGGACUUUUAA